AUGGUGCCAUCGGAUGCCGCCCCCUCGCCGACCACCUUCAUUGACGUCCUUUUUGGUUGGGCAGUUUCUUUCAUCACAAUGUUGUCGCAUUUGUUGAAUGGAUAUUUGACUGCAUUCUUUGUAUUUACUGGAAUUAUUCUGAAUCUACUCUCUGUCUCCAUAUUUCUACGAAAAGAGCGCGCUGGAACACCCGCUAUUCAGUAUUACUUGGUGACACUGACACUAUGGCAAACGGCACUACUUGCCAACGCCUUCCUGCUGUAUUCGUUCCCCAAUCUCUGGUGGGGCCACUUAGUCUCCCAAGGCACGUACGUGUACCUCUAUCCGUAUGUGUACACGUUCGCAAACACCACUCACACCGGAUCCGUCUGGAUUGUUCUGACACUGACGAUAGACCGCUAUUUGGCUCUGUGUCAGCCACUCAAACAUCGUGCAAUCGGAAAGAAACGAAGAGUGCGACGUCUCAUGGUCGCCGUCUCCAUUAUGGCAAUCGUGUUUUCGAUCCCAAGAUUCUUCGAAGUGCAUGUGGUCUUGCUGUGCGAGCGUUCCGAACACAAUUGUGUUGCCGCAAUAGAUAGGACUGAACUUUUCGAUAACCGUCUCUAUUGGACAAUCUAUCAUGUCAUUCUAGCAAUGGUAUUUGUAACAUUGCUCCCCUGUCUUAUCCUAUUUGCUCUCACUUUGCGAAUCUCAAUUGCACUGCGAUCCGCUAUCGCAAAACGCAAAUCUUUAUGUGCCCCUAACUCAGACAUAGAUACACGAUGUAAAUCGAUGAAAUCGUCACGAUACAACUCAUCAAGGAAGGACCAUAAAUCGAAUAUUAUGUUGGUUUUGGUGAUCGCAAAAUUCUUGGUCUCCGACAUCUUGCCGACGGUUAUUGAUGUUUUGGAGCAUCUCGUCGGCCAAUCUGCAUUCAUGAGAUCACCACUUGCUUCCCUAUUCGUCGAUAUUUCAAAUUUCCUCAUCGUGCUCAACUGCUCGUCCAACUUUUGGGUGUUCUUCGUUUGGGGCAAACGCUUUAGGCGAUCAUGUCGGAAAUGUAUCAAGUCGACUCAUAUUGGUGCAUGUAUUUAUGACAUGGCUCAAUGGAAUACGGAUUCGGAAGUGUCUCUAUGUGCGCCAUCGUCGUUUACUACAGUUAACGUCACAAAGGCAUACGGUAGUACCGAACGGUCAUUCAGAUAUAAGAGAAAUAUGGAGUUGAUUGUAUCUAGAACCGAUGACACGUCUUCAACCACGAAUCCCAGUAGGACAUGA